UCCAGACGGUGCCUAGCGCUGAGCUGUCCGCCAGCCCCUGGCUCCUGGGGCGGACGGGCUGGGCUUUAAAAGGCAGAGGAUGGGCGCGGGCAGCCCGCUCCCGGGGAGGCUGGGCAGGUGCCUCGCGCUCACCCAGCGCAGCGCGCGCAGGAGCGGCCGGAGGGAGCCCCAGGAGCCGGGAGCAGGCACCGCGCAGUCCGGGCGCUAGGCGAGCAGGAGCGAGGGCCGGAGCCGGAGCCCUCCCAGCUCCGCUUGCCGGGCGCGCGGAGCGGCCGGGCAGAGGCAGGGUCCCAGCAUGGAGGCGCCAGGCUCUGCCUAGGCUCCCCGGAGAGGGCUGAGGGGCUGGUCCGGGAGGCGCACACGCACCGCUGCGGCUUGCUGGGCUAUCAGGCUGAACCAGCAGCAGCUCCACUGAUCAUGGUCAACAAGACCAUAAACUACUGGGAUCCUGAUUUUGAGGACGAUGUCAUCAACAUUAACGUUGGGGGUCUGCGAAGAAGGCUCAGCUCCAGUGCUCUCUCUAAAUUCCCCAACACCCGGCUGGGGCGUUUGCUGACCUGCGACUCGGAGGAGUCCAUCCUGCAGCUCUGUGAUGACUACGAUGUGAGCGCCAGGGAGUUCUACUUUGAUAGAAACCCAGGCUUCUUCCUAUAUGUGCUGCACUUCUACCAGACUGGGAAGCUGCAUGUCAUGGAUGAGCUGUGCGUUUUCUCCUUCUGCCAGGAAAUAGAGUACUGGGGCAUCAACGAGUUCUUCCUGGACUCCUGCUGCAGCUACCGCUACCAUGAGCGUAAGCUGGAGAGCCGGCACUACAACUGGGACGAGGAGAGCGAGGUCAGCAGCGUGGACACAUCCCCCGACGAGAUCUCUGACUUCAACCAUGACCUGCUCCGCUACAGCACCCUGUGCUGCGGCAACUUGCGUAAGCGCCUCUGGCUCACCAUGGAGAACCCAGGCUACUCCAUCCCCAGCAAACUCUUCAGCUUUGUGUCCAUCAGCGUGGUGCUCGUUUCCAUAGCCACCAUGUGCAUCCACAGCAUGCCCGAGUACCAGGUACUGGAUGAGGAUGACAACGUGCUAGACGACCCUGUCCUGCACAAUCUGGAGUAUUUCUGUAUCGCCUGGUUCACCUUUGAAGUGUCCUCCCGCCUGCUGCUGGCACCCAACCUGAAGAAGUUCUUCAAGCACCCGCUGAACCUGAUUGACAUUGUCUCAGUGCUGCCUUUUUACAUCACCCUCUUGGUGGAUGUGACUCUGGGCAGUGACUCAGAGCUGGGGAACCUGGGCAAGGUGGUGCAGGUGUUCCGGCUCAUGAGGAUAUUCCGGGUGCUGAAGCUGGCUCGGCAUUCAACUGGACUGAGGUCGCUAGGGGCCACCUUGAAGCACAGCUACAGAGAGGUGGGCAUCCUGCUGCUCUACCUGGCGGUGGGAGUCUCCGUGUUCUCCGGAGUGGCCUACACAGCGGAAAAGGAAGAGGACGUUGGUUUUGACACAAUCCCUGCCUGCUGGUGGUGGGGGACAGUCAGCAUGACGACUGUGGGCUACGGCGACGUGGUGCCGGUGACCGUGGCCGGCAAGCUGGCAGCUUCGGGGUGCAUUCUGGGCGGGAUCCUGGUGGUGGCUCUGCCCAUCACCAUCAUCUUCAACAAGUUCUCCCACUUCUACCGCAGGCAGAAGGCCCUCGAGGCUGCCGUGCGGAACAGCGACAAGAAGGAGCCCAAGGACUCUGAGAAUUGUCCCAGCCAGAACCAUGACUCAGAGGCUCUGGGUGAAGCCUUCCAGGAGGGAGGCAGAGAGGAUUUCCAUGACCUGACCAGAGACACCCUUCCGGCUCACUGACCUUACUGAGGCUAGAGAGUACGGCUCCUCUCUGGCACCUUCUGUCCUGGAGACACGUGGCAGCGAGGAUCUGGUUUGUAUGGAACUGUCCCUUCUCCCCUCUCACUGGACGUGAACAGGAACAGAGACUGUAGAUGCUGCUCAUGCGGUGAAUUGUCCUUCUGCCAGGAUGAUGAAGCUACCAGAACUAGAACAAGAGUGACUUUGUGGUACCCAAACUCUCCUAACAUCCAUCUGGCCUCCUUUAGCACUCCGCACAAUGUUGGACUUCAUCCUCUGCCGAGCCAGGGCCAUUCAGAGCCAAGGGCUCAAAGCAGUAUGCCCAUCAGGUGCCAGCUGUUUGUCAUCUUGAGUGGGGCAGCACACAGCAGCUGUAUCCAUUUGGCCACUUCUUGAAUUACCGUAUUUACUGUAUUAAUGGCAAUGCUGUCAGUGCCCCACAAAUGACCUAUAAGCAGGUGCUGGGAAAUUUGGAAUUAAACAUAAUGGACUUAGAAAAGGAAACCCACGGAAGAAACAGGGAGACCUCAAUGUAUCCAACUAGCCUCCAGGAACGGCUCCCAGAGUCCUUGGUUAGCUAAGGGCAAUCAUCCUGCAGCCUAACGUUCUGUUGCUGUCCAUCAUAAUGUUAAUGCCCAGCCCCUAGUCCCCUUCCCCGCCCUCCCCUAGAGAAGAAGUGAAAUCCAAAUGGCAAUAGUGUUCACAACAGAGAAAGUUGCCGGGGCGGGGGGGAGUUGGAAUUCAAGGCCUCACAAUGUCUUCUCUGCAGCACUGGAGUGUGAUGCGUAAGCCCACCUCAGACCUGGCUGGUUCCCUUGUGGGUAUGCAGCCAGGGCUGAUCUAAACGCUGGGUCCCAUCCUCUUUACAGCUUCAGUCUUGGGAAGAGCCUAAGCUGGUCAUAUUCUUUCAGUGAAUAAAGCGGAAAAAUAAGGGCGAUAAAGUUAAUGGGGCCUAGAUACCAUGGUGAGGGGCGUACCAGGAAGAGAGAGUUACAUAGGAUGUCCUGUUUUACUCCUAGUGCAUAGCUGAAGCUGGAAUCAUCCUCAGGUGCCCUUGGAAGGACCCUCAACUCAGUGCAUGCGUUUGCCUUCAUUAGUGACAUGCAGUCACAACACUUGCUGUGUUCAGAGCGUCAUCCCCCAAGGUGCAAUGUUCUGGGGAGAGGCAGAAGGCUGGGUUUGCCCUGGGCUCUCUGACACCACGUGGGAAGUCCUAGGAGAGAUCUCAGUAAGUCUGUGAGAUGACUCCAUGUUUGCCAGCAUUCCCCACAUGUUCCCCAGCCUGGCACUGAGCCACAUAGCAUACCUUGUGUGAAACAGACAUGGUGUGCACUGGCCAGACAGCCAGCAAACCCACUGCUCACACCAAAUCUGCCCCGAGAGAUGUGUAGAGAGUGUGUUUGUUGGCAGAGGUUGCCAGUGCUCUGAUAGGAAAGCCCAGGAGAGAGCAGCUUUGCAAGAGAUUUGACAGACGUAGCAAGAAGAGACAAUGUCCUUGCUGUAUGCAUGAUGCCCUAAAGCAGAGUGAUAAACCAUAGCCUGUACCUAGACACAUGCUCCAUGAUCCCUAUAGGGGUUUUUGCCUUCGUUCUCACAGCCUCCUACCUCCGGCGAAAUUGCCGAGUGCUGGCCAUUCCGCUGUGUGCAGUGACUGCUGCAGGCUAGUUACAUAGUGAAACAAAACUCCAAUGCACUGAUCUGCUGGACAGGGUAUUCCGCUGUGUCUGGGCAGGGCUUGUGAAAUCUCCACACUUAAGUUUGGUUCCAAAUUCAGCCAUCUCUUGCUGACCCUCCCCCCUGCUCUCCCCUGCCCUCCUCUGCCUCCUUGGACGUGCACCAGUCCUUUCUAAUUCUGUUACCCUCCAAGGCUUUUUCUUGGCCCCUCCAGCACCCACCCCCCUGAAACUCCUCAGUCACACGGUCUUGCUCCGCUCCCCGCCCCACACCUGCAUACAGAGAGUGGCUAACGUCCAUCCCCAGAUCUCUGCCACGAUGCAUCUUUGGUUCCAGAGUCACAUUUUUAGACGCAGCCAAGGCCUUGUUUUGCCCCUUCCUAUCCCUAACUUUUAGAAUCUAAGCUGCCCAGCAUGUUCUUGCACCAUCACUGUCCCCCUCCUGACGCCUGCCCACAAGCACAGGUGCUCGUCCCUUAAUGCUCCUGCACCCCCCCCAUUCCUUACAGCAGAGUUUCUCAUUUAGCAGAGGUGAACUGGGCGCUAGCUCCAGAACAGUAUGCACAUCCGGUGGGUGAUCUGACUGACCCCAGAUUGAAACAAGAAACCAUUGACUACCGUGUGUGGCCUCCGAUUUACCAGCUCACUAAUGGAUAGGAAAUCGGGGAGGGGAGGGAAGAUUGCUGGCAGUUCCAGCCCUCAGUGAGGCUAAGCCCUGAAUGUGGAUGGGGAGAGUAAACCAUCCCAGAGGCAGUUCCCGUGGGUUAAGGAAGGUUGAGACACGUUGGCAGAAGGAAGAGAGCACUUGAUGAGGAUGGGGAAAGUUCAGACACUGGUUGUCUGUGCGUUUAGCAGAAUUUGAGGCUCUGCCAGGCUGCACCUUUCACAAGUACAUUACUUGAGAAAAUGCUAACUUGAUUGUGCUAUUCCAGCCCUGGACUCCCUGCCCCCAGCUCUGCUGAUGCCCCUCACUUCUGACCUAUGCCCCACUGCUAUUCCAUUCCUGGGUUCCAGCAUGCAGCGCAGCCCAUCCUCUGCAAUCCGGACCUGGACACACCCACCCCAUUGCAGUUCUGCAGUGUCCCUUUCCCAGUUGCCUCCACUUCUCAGGGCUGGGAUGUGGUGUCAGGGCAACAAAGACAUCAGUUCUCUAAUAUCCUCUGAAAACUCAUCACUAAGACUAAGAUU